AUGGGAUAUGUGAGCGAAAACCCCCAGAAAAUAACAGAUAAAAUGGAAAAAAAGAGCGAUAAUUUUAUAGACACCGAGCGACAACUAUUAAAACUCACACGAAGCAAAACGAAAGCGAUUCUAGAGAAGGGAAAUCUUGACAAAAUCAUUCGACAUAAAGAAGCGUUGGGGAAAAUUGUAAAAGAAUUAGAAGAGCUUAAAAUACAAGGCGAAAAGGACAAGCUACAAGACGGGGAAGCGAUCGAAGAUGUUCAAAAAUGGGGAGUCGAUAUCGAAGGCGAGAUUGAUGGGACAAAUUGCGAAAUAUCACACUUAAAUCAAUAUUUAACAGAAGCCGAGGCGAGGACUGAGAGCGAGAAACGUGAAAAGGAGAAAAUAUUGCUAAAACAACAACGGGACGAAGAACUGUAUUUCGAAAAAUGUAAAUUGGAACAAAAAUGGCUAGCUUGGGUUCGGUUAGUGUCAAGUCAACAAAGACAGAACAAGCAAAGGUGA